GAAGUUAAGCAAAAUCUUCUCAUUGAGUAUCGAGACUCACAGCUCAGUUGAUUUCAGUCUUGUACCUUUUAAUCAAUUCAGCUGCAUCAAAAUGGCCUCUGGGGCGUUUUUCAACCCUAGGGUCCUCCUCUUAACAGCUCCCCUCGUCUCAUCAAGCAUCACACUCUGGUUCGCCCGUGACCAAAGUUUCUUCCUCACCCUCUUCACCAAGUCUCCCAUUGAGCGCAAGAAGGCCAAUGAGAUCCUCCCAGGCUACAUCAGUAAUUUCUACGGUUCAGGCCCAUGGGCGGUCCUCACUUUCAUUGGCCUAACAUUCAGCACUUCGAUCGUCAAUAUCUGGUCUGACCGCGCUUUACUCCGGUCUCGCGGCUCACUAUUUUGGUACGGCUGGUCUGCUGCACUGGCGCUGGGACAUCUUGCAUAUGUGCCUGCUGUAGCGUGGAAGCUCAGGGCGCUGUGGGAGGAUAAUUGCGCUGUUGAGGGGACGGAUAAUGUUGGGAUGCUGGAGAGAUGGUUGGCUGUUAAUCAUUUGAGGAUGUUAACGACUGAUCUUGGGGCAUGGCUUUGUGCUGUUGUGGCUAUUUCAAAGACAUUGACUGUCUAACCCAUGCUGGGAGGCACUGGAUGUCUUUUGUACGAAAUCUUUUUGUUAUUACAGUCGAGGAUCUACUGGCGGAGUGGGAUUUGGAAUCAGAGAUCUUGAUAUGUUACAUGGACGAUGAGCGAGGCGUGAUACUUGGUAGCAUUUUAAACGCUCCCUUGAUAUUUCUUAUAGGAGCUAGAGGAGCUAUGUCUAGUUAUGUUGCAAUGGUAGCCGAGUCCCUUGCACGCGACAACAUCAUUUUCUAUCCCCUCAGACAAGUUGUAAGCGGCUCUCGGCUUCACGGCAUGUCUCGUACGUCUCAGGCCUGUGUAAGUUAUCCUCAAUUUCUGUUAGCGUCGGCACCAAAAUAAGAC